GAAGCCGGUGGGGCCUCCUCGCGCCGACAAGUGAUGGUUUACAGUUAUAGUCAGUCCGCAUCGGGCGCUCGGCCGGCCCUGACCGUAUCGGUACACGUAUACAAGCUGAUAAGGUUCCUCGUUUUCUCUGGCUUUUUGGAUACGCGUGCGCACCAACUGAAGAAUUUCUCGCUCUCGCUCUCCCCCCCUUUUUCUUUUCUUUUUUUCGACUACGAACGAGUCUCUCUUUUCCUCAAAGUCGAGUGCCAAAUAAUAGUGUGAUUCGGGCCUUUAAAUCCGAUUCCUCUUUCUCAGGCAUUCUCUUCUUAAAUUUCCUUAUCGCGUCGUCGAGAGCGUCAUCGUCGAUCUAACGAGCACGACGAAAUCGCUUUCGAGUUUGAACUCGACAGCAGCGACGUGGGUGAUUGACAGGACGUUAUUAGACAUCCGUCGAAAGUAUCGUAAGGCUUCGAGCAGUGAUUUAGUGGCCAAGAUCAAUGAGUGUCGUGUGAAAGGAAAAGUGCGAGACGCGACUUUGCGUUCGGCGGCUGCGAAAAGCUGCGCUGACGCUGUUGCGUGCACUCGUCCCGCUUUACGCACGAAGCACACUGAUGGAGAAUAAUCGGCCGACGAGAGGGACCGAGCUGUGAUUUUCAUCAGAAUAAUGCGAAGCCUGGAUAGGCUGUCGGGUAGCGACCAAGACUGCGGUGAUCGGGAAAUGUACAUCGACCUGGACGACGCCUCCGUCGAUUCGCUUACCGGGAAACGCAGUCGCCACCAUGUCGUUGGCGCGGAGGUGGGCGAGGAGAGCGACAGCAGCGGAAGCGAGAGGAGUCCGAAGCAAGCGAAGAGGAGAAAUCGCGGCGGUGCACCACCGACCACGAGGAGACGGAAAAGCGGAAUUUCCGCGCGUGAGAGGAACCUGAGGAGGCUCGAAAGUAACGAGAGAGAGAGGAUGAGAAUGCAUUCGCUCAAUGAUGCUUUUGAGCAAUUACGCGAGGUAAUACCACACGUAAAAAUGGAGAGGAAGCUCAGCAAAAUCGAAACGCUCACGCUGGCUAAAAAUUAUAUAAUGGCACUGACGAAUGUCAUAUGCGAGAUGCGCGGCGAGGAGCAACCGUAUACGUUUGUCGAUGGUGAAUGCGGUUCUAGCAGCGGUGAUAGUACCGGUCAAUUAGAAUUAAGCGGGGGCGAACAACCUGACGAAUCAUCGCCCGCAUCAAUCCACGAGACCAACAACAACAGUCUUCUUCACGAGGAUCUAGAACGCAGGAUCUAAGGAAAUUGAAUUUAAUCGAUACUUAUAUCGAGACAUGUGUUAGAGAUGCACAUAUACACACAGACUCUGUGAUAAAAUAUCAUAUUAGUGCCUUCCGUGAGGACAGCAAUCCGCGACGAUUCACUCAUUAUCGCCAUGGAUCUUCGUAGAUCGUUGUACGUUCUUGAAAAAUCCCGUGCAUAAAGAUGGUCAAAAAUGAUUCCACAAAUACACACGAUGAAAAGAAACGCAAGAUCAGAUAGAGAAGAAAAAAGAAAAAAAUAAGAGGCAAAUAUAAUAGAAUAUGUAUAUAGAGAAGAAAGAGAAAAAGAAUUUUAGAUUGUACAUAUUUCAGAAUUAGCGCGUAAUAUAAUAUUAAUAUAUAGGAAUAUAUUAAUAGUGAAUCACUAAAGAUGUCACAGACUAAUAUUUCUGAACGAGAUAUAGAAUUCAAAAAUAGACUUCACUGCAAUUAACAUGCGACAUUAAUAAGAAUUUCAUAUUUCGUUCAAUUUCAGAAAUUUUAACCUUUGAUGAUUCAUUCCAUAUAUAUAUAUAUAUAUAUAUAUAUAUAUAUAUAUAUUUACUUAUUUAUUUAUUUAUUUGAUAAAAUUAACGAAAUUUAUAAAACUGCUGCAAAAGCAGAUCCAAAUAACGAAGAGCUUUCAACGCAUUUUUUCGUCUUGGCGAUUAUAAAAAGAAAAUCUUAUCUUAUUUAAAAUGAAACCUAAAAAUCCAUAUUAUUUCUAGGCUAUUAUAUAUAAUAAUGCAUGCCAUUUAAGUGGAAGCUAGCAAAGAGAGUUAUUUUUAUCUUUAACAGAAAGAAUGAUCCUAAAAUUAAUGAAGGAAAAGAAAGUGACAACAAAACAAAAAUUAUAUUUUAAUUUGGCUUUCAAGUUUAGCUUUUAAAUGACUUCCACCCACAAACAAUCUCUAAGUCAAGAUUAUCUCAUAGGGAUGUUCAUAUAAUUGUAUCGAGAUAAGAUAAAAAAUAAAUUGUAUAAGCAUCCAAAAUAGAAAAGAGGCAAUGCUGUCACAUCAACAUAAAUCCAUCUUAUCUACAUUUGUCAUAACAAAGUGAAACCAAAUAUACUUAAUCAUUCUCUGAAUUCUACAAAAAGCCCUGAAUUUUUAAAAAACUUCCGCAUUUGUAUACAAAUAUUAAUGAUCUGCACUAUCCUUAUAAUUGGCUAUGACAAAUUUCGCUAUGACAAAUUUCGUUAUCAUCAAGAAUUGUUGAAGUCGGAGGCAAUUUGUUCUAAUAUAAGAGUAGCAAAAAUAAUAUUACAUAAUAAUCAUAAAUAAAUUAAACAAUAAACAAAGAGAAGAGUCGCGUAGAGAUGACCCAGUGAUCCUAGUUAAUCGUGGUUUACAUCAAAUAAUGUGAUUGUAUGAUUAACCACGUCCAUUAGGCCAGCCUCCAAGAAAAUACACAUUGUCUUGCAAUUCCAAAAUCAUUAAAUAAAAGUUAUCAAGAUAAGAUUUCUUAUUUUAAAAAACUUUAUCUAAGAAUGACGCAUCUCGACUUCCGAUUUAUUGAGGAAGAUCUUUGUUUGAAAGAUUACGCGCUAAAAUCUGAAAAAAAAAAAUAUAUAUAUAUAACGUACACUUUAUCAUCUCUUUUUCUCUGUGUGCAUUCUAUUAUAUUUUAUUAUAUUUCCUCGCUUUUUUUCUUCUUUUUUUGAUUCCACUUUUUCUUCUAUUUUCUUUCUUUUCUUUCUGUGUAGUAGUCUCGCUUUUCUUUUACUGCAAUGACGUGUUCAGAUAAAUAUACGCUUCGCCGUACAUAUGCAAUAUAUCGCAAACACAUUCAGAAAAUAUUUAUAUUGUACGGCGAAAAUAAAACAUGUAUGGUUGUGUAAAUUCAUAUUGCGAUUUUCUUCUGAUUAAUCGUUAAAUUGUCAUUAAUUUAUUCUUUUAUCAACUUUUAUUGUCUCAAUCUAGCACACGAUAUAUCGGCUAUCAUUAUCACAAUUAUUAUUAUUAUUUUUUCCACUACACUAUUUUUGCUAAUACUAUCUUGUUACUAUUAUAAUUAUUAUAAUUAUUAUCUAUUAUGCUAUUGCUACUAAAACUAUCACUCCUACUAUUAAUUCCUACUACUAUUACUGCUAUACCAUUAUCAUUCCUACAUAGCACACCAUUGUUAUAUGGUUGUUAGAUAUUACUGUAUCUUAAUAUUUCGUAAUUCCCAUAAAUCUAUUAUUUUUUUAUAGAAUAUCUUUCGGAAGAUUAUUAUUAUUAUUAUUAUUUCUGUUAUUUUAUUAUUACAUUAUUAUUGUUACUUUAUUAAAUUAAUAAUACACGUUAGUUUUAUUUUAUAGCAGUUUUAUGCCAUCUUUUGCAACCUGCAUUUUGCUCAUAUUGUUCCGUCCGCAAAAAUUAUGUAAAAGAUAAACCCUAUUAUAUAUUUUAAUACGUAAAUACCCAGAUAGCAAAUGCACGUCAUUUGACAAAAUGACAUGCGCUUGAGUGAUCGAUAUUAAUCGACCAAUAAUUAUACAUUUAUUUUUAGCACACAUCGACCAUGAAUAUCUCACCAAUUAUAUUUUUAAUUAUAAUUAGGAAUUAUUCAUCUCUGGCCAAUUAUUAAUUACGAACGUAAUUAACAAAUGUAAAAUUAGCUAAAUUUUACAUUCCGACGAUUCCAUAUCGAGUUAAUUACAAUUUCACUCACAUGUUUGCUUAUAAAAUACGCGUCAUGUAUAUAUAUAAGUACUUUCCACUAAGAUACGGAUCUUAUCUACGAAGCAUAAUGUUAAUGUGAUAGGGCUAAGUAGAUCAGCCAAACUAACAGAUAGCGGCUAUGUUAAAACGUUAGUCGUGCAUUUUCAGCAAAUCGAAUGCGACUACAUAGUAUAAUAGUUAACAAUGUCAUAAUAAUUUCACGCGAAUACGCAGUAAUUGCGUGAUUUAUUAUCAUAUAAGUAGUGUCUUAUUAUCAUUAAAUUACGAUUAAUCUUGCAGUCACAAUCUUACGCGCGUCUCAAAGCCGUAAGUUAAAAAUCUAUAGUCUAUUUUCAUUAUUAGCGAUAGCACUAUCGGCAACUAAUUAUCAUAGCGUUAUUAUUAUCAUUGUCAUUGUGAUGGUCAUUGCCAUGGUCAUUGUCACGUAGUCAUUAUCAUUAAUAUAUUUUAUUAUUAUUGAUAUUAUUUCGAGUAAAAAUUAUUAUGACCUAUAUAGACAUAUUUAAAUAACUUAUACGAAUAGAAAUUACUUCCGUAAGCAUUAGGUAAAAGCGACUAAGGUUUAACUGUGUCUUCCCACUCUUUCUACAUAUAAUUAAACCUAAGUCGGUUUUGAUGUUUACGAAAAACAAUCCUAUUCUAAAAGAUUGCGCAACUUUAGCAUAUGUAAUAUUUUUUAUGUAAAUAUAUUGUACGUUGUGUUUUAAGAGUUUUACACAAGAAUAUAUACAGGGUGAUUCACCCAAAAGUU